AUGCCAGUACAUACGAAAUCAAAUCCCGAAGAGCGGAAACGAGGCGAAAUCGCCCUCAGCGAGUUCGCCGAGUAUGCCGAAAAGCAGCAAUCGCACCGCUCAGCUGUCGCUGUCCCCAGCGACAGUGGCUAUGAGACAGGAAGCGUGGCGCCUAGUCUGGAAGAUCAUGCAGAACUAGAUAUUCUGGACCAACUCUGCCUUUCUGACGCCCCCCGCACCGUCAAGUUGAAGGAGCUUCUCCUGGGGACGGGCGAGGAUACUGAGAAUAGUCUACAGCUGCUAGCUGGGAUACUACAAGCGCGCACUGACGAAGGUCUUGGCGAGACUAUUUUCGACCUUGGCCUUGAAGAUGGCGGUGAUUCAAUGGGCUUCGACCUUCCUCAAUGGGAAAUUGCUCUACAGCGGCUGCGCGAAGCGGCCGAAACUAUUCCUGCUCACUGCCGAAUACUUCUUACCUACAAUGUUGGCGGCCCUCAGGAGUGCCCGGCGAAGGGAGAGCGAUCCAAGGAUGUGUGGGGUAAGGUGCUUAUCCGCCAGCAUGCGGUCAACAUAGAGGAUAUGGCGGAAAUUCGGAUGGCCGUGGUGGGUAAUGUCGAUGCAGGAAAGAGUACCAUGCUUGGCGUGCUGGUCAAAGGCAGCCUCGAUGAUGGUCGUGGUCGUGCACGACUCAACCUCUUCCGCCACAAGCAUGAGAUUGAGAGUGGACGAACUAGCUCUGUCGGGUUGGAGAUCAUGGGAUUUGACAGUCACGGCGAGAUUGUCGCAAACUCGCAGGGUCGAAAACUGUCCUGGGAAGAAAUAGGGAAAAAGUCCGCCAAGGUGAUCUCCUUCUCUGACCUUGCGGGUCACGAGCGGUACCUGCGAACUACCGUUUUUGGUAUGCUGAGCAGCAGCCCCAACUACUGUUUGCUGAUGGUCGCCGCGAAUAAUGGCCUAAUUGGAAUGAGUCGUGAACACCUGGGCAUAGCCCUUGCACUCAAUGUGCCCGUCAUGGUCAUCAUCACUAAGAUUGACAUUUGCCCGCCCCAGAUCCUCCAGGAGACUCUGUCUCAACUUUCGAAGAUUCUCAAAUCGCCCGGGGCGCGCAAAAUCCCCAUUUUCGUCAAGGACAUGGAGGAGACCAUCAAUACGGCGGGUCAGUUUGUCAGUCAGCGGAUUUGCCCUAUCUUCCAAGUCUCCAAUGUGACUGGCGAGAACCUGGACCUCGUCCGAACCUUCCUGAAUAUCCUCCCCCACCGGGGUCACUAUGACCAGGAUGGGCCCUUUGAGUUCUUGAUAAACGACACAUUCUCUGUCCCACACGUGGGCACUGUGGUCUCCGGUGUUGUCAAGUCUGGUGUGAUUCACGCUGGUGACUCGGUAGUGGUGGGACCUGACUCCCUAGGCCAGUUCACUACAACUGCCAUUAAGACCAUUGAACGUAAAAGGAUACCAGUCAAUGCUUGCUUCGCAGGCCAGUCAGGAUCCUUUGCGCUGAAGCGUGUGCGCCGUAAGGAAGUGCGUAAGGGUAUGGUCGUUUUGAAGAAGAUGGACCAACCCCCUAAAGUUUACCGGGAGUUCGUUGCUGAAGGUAAAAUGCUAGAUCGGGAAUCUUGUGAAUAUCUACUGACAUAG